GUAACUACAUAGUGACUCCCACAAGACCCCGCUCUGCUCUUCGAUACGUCAUUUGGCGGAUUACUGAAGCACCCUCACACAGCCCAGCUAAUAACUAACUCAACAGCCUCGUUGGUGGGGUUGCCGCUGCCGCUGCCGCUGCCUCCAGUUCAGUGGCAAGUGCCUUCAAGUUGCCCUCAAACAAACUUGUCUUGUUACGGAUCCGUAUCUACCCAUCAACAUCACAGCCACAUUCUGGCAUUUCACACUUGCGAUACCAACACCACACCGCAUCUACACCAUCCUCAACCCAUCCUCUUCUCAAGCGCUAGGAGCUUGAGAAUUGUAAAACAGCCAAGCUGGGGAAGCGUAAGCUCUCAAACGGAGACGCGCCCAUCUCCCUCAAGAGAACCAUGACGGACACCAAAAUGACGACGCCCCCGCGAACCGAGCUGGUCACCCGGAUGCAGGUCGACGACUCUGUCGUUGGCAACACGGAGAUCGAUGAAUCCUUAUACAGCAGACAACUCUAUGUGCUCGGACACGAGGCCAUGAAGCGCAUGGGUGCUUCCAAUAUCCUCAUUGUCGGUUUGAAGGGCCUCGGUGUAGAGAUCGCCAAGAACAUUGCUCUUGCUGGUGUCAAGAGCCUGACCCUUUACGAUCCCGCACCCGUAGCCAUCCGUGACCUUUCAGCCCAAUUCUUCUUGCACCCCGAAGAUGUUGGCCAGCCCCGAGACGCUGUUACAGCUCCGCGAGUCGCCGAACUCAACGCCUACACGCCUGUCCACGUCCACCAGUCGUCUGGCCUGGACGCCGACCCCUCGCAGUUCGACAAGUUCCAGGUCGUCGUGCUGACAAAUACCCCCUUGCACCUCCAGCAGGCCAUCGGCGACUACUGCCACACCAAGGGCAUCUAUGUCGUUUGCGCCGACACCUUUGGACUCUUCGCUUCCAUCUUUUGCGACUUCGGCGAAAAGUUCACCGUCCUCGACUCCACGGGUGAGAACCCACUCAACGGUAUCGUGGCAGGCAUCGACGAGGAGGGUGUUGUAUCAGCUCUGGACGAGACGAGACAUGGACUGGAAGAUGGCGACUACAUCACUUUCACUGAGGUGGAAGGUAUGGAAGCCCUCAACGGCGGCGAGCCGAGAAAAGUCACCGUCAAGGGACCCUAUACGUUCUCCAUCGGCGAUGUGUCUGGACUAGGACAAUACAAACGAGGUGGUCUUUACCAGCAGGUCAAGAUGCCCAAAUUUCUCGAUUUCAAGCCUAUUUCUGCCGCCAUCAAGGACCCUGAAUUUCUCGUGUCCGACUUCGCCAAGUUCGACAGGCCACAGCAAUUACAUGUCGGUUUCCAGGCCCUCCACGCUUUCGCUCAGGCUCAGAACCGUUAUCCCCGUCCAAUGAACGAGGAUGAUGCCACAGUCUUGGUCGCAUCCGCCAAGGCAUUCGUGGAGAAGGAGAAGCUCGAAGUUGAGAUCGACGAGAAACUGAUCAAGGAACUCAGCUACCAGGCGACUGGUGACUUGAAUCCAAUCGCCGCCCUCUUUGGUGGCCUUGCAGCACAGGAGGUUCUCAAGGCUGUCUCGGGCAAGUUCCACCCUAUCAAGCAAUGGCUAUACUUCGACUCGUUGGAAUCUCUUCCCACCAGCACCAAGCGCUCGGAGGAGCUGUGCAAGCCUGUCGGCUCACGAUAUGAUGGUCAAAUCGCAGUUUUCGGAAAGGAGUACCAGGAGAAGUUGGGCAACGUCCGGCAAUUCCUUGUUGGAGCUGGAGCUAUUGGUUGCGAAAUGCUUAAGAACUGGGCCAUGAUCGGUCUCGGUGUCGGUCCCAAGGGCAAGAUCACCAUUACUGAUAUGGACUCGAUCGAGAAGAGCAACCUCAACCGGCAAUUCUUGUUCCGCCCCAAGGACGUUGGUGGAAUGAAGAGCGACUGCGCCGCUGCCGCUGUGCAGGCCAUGAACCCCGACCUGAAUGGCCAUAUUGUGACCCUCAAGGAUCGCGUGAGUCCCGAGACCGAGGAGACUUUCAACGAAGAGUUUUGGAACAGCCUGGAUGGCGUGACCAAUGCUUUAGACAACGUUGAGGCGCGAACAUAUGUCGACAGACGUUGUGUUUUCUUCCACAAGCCUCUACUUGAGAGUGGUACCCUUGGCACAAAGGGCAACACACAAGUGGUUCUUCCUAAACUCACAGAAUCAUACUCCUCGUCUCAAGACCCCCCCGAGCAAUCAUUUCCCAUGUGCACCUUGAGAAGUUUCCCCAAUAACAUCAACCACACCAUCGCUUGGGCUCGUGAGCUCUUCGAGACCUCGUUCGUCAAGUCCCCGGAAACCGUUAAUCUUUACCUGACACAACCCAACUAUCUCGAGUCAACACUCAAGCAAGGUGGGAAUGAGAAGGCGACCUUGGAGACCAUUCGUGACUAUUUGGUAGCCGACAAGCCCUUGAGUUUCGAGGACUGUAUUAUCUGGGCUCGUACGGUGUUUGAGAAGCAGUACAACAACGCGAUCCAGCAGCUUCUAUACAACUUUCCCAAGGACUCUACGUCUUCGUCAGGCCAGCCUUUCUGGUCCGGCCCGAAGCGUGCUCCUGAUCCGCUAAAGUUUGACCCCAAGAAUCCGACUCACUUUGGUUUCAUUGUGGCCGCCGCAAACCUUCAUGCAUUCAACUACAAUAUCAACACCAAGGGAGUCGACAAGGCAACAUAUCUCAAGGUCCUUGAUAACAUGAUCGUCCCUGAUUUCUCGCCCGACUCCAAGGUGAAGAUCCAAGAGAAGGACACUGACCCGGAUCCGAGCGCAAACGAUAGCAGCUUCGAUGACGGUGCUGAACUCGAGAAUAUUGCAAAGAGCAUACCACCUCCUAGUCAGAUGGCUGGCUUCAAGCUCACUCCUGUCGAGUUCGAGAAGGAUGAUGACACGAACCACCACAUCGACUUCAUUACCGCCGCAAGCAACUUGCGUGCCGAGAACUACAAGAUCGAACCUGCUGAUCGUCACAAGACCAAGUUUAUUGCUGGCAAGAUUAUCCCCGCCAUCGCCACAACCACGGCGCUGGUGACGGGUCUUGUUGUCCUCGAGCUUUACAAGAUCAUUGACGGCAAGACCGAUAUUGAGCAGUACAAGAACGGUUUCAUCAACCUUGCGUUGCCCUUCUUUGGUUUCAGUGAGCCCAUCGCAAGCCCCAAGGUCGAAUACAGGGGACCUAAUGGCAAGGUGACGCUGGACAAGAUCUGGGACCGGUUCGAGGUCAACGAUAUCACACUCAAGGAGCUCAUCGCAGACUUUGAAAAGCGGGGGCUCAGCAUCACCAUGUUGAGCUCUGGCGUGAGUUUACUCUGGUUGAGCUUGUCUCCAAGAAGCCUGUACCCGAGCAUCAGAAGGAGGUUAUUUUUGAGACAGUGGUGGAAGACUUGGAUGAGGAGGACGUCGAGGUGCCGUACAUCAAGGUGAAAGUACGGUAGAUGAUUUAGCGCAACUUCGACAAAGUUGACUCUUGGUUGAGGAAGACGAUGAGGAUUAUAUAUUUGCUUGGGCCACGGGCUCAUUGUUCAAGACGGGCUGCGAUGCAACAUACAGUAUGGUGGUCACAGAAUAGAUCUCGCUCACGUUCAACUAGAUCAGACGGAAUACUUUUCUGCAUGAUUUUCUCGUUCUACAGUUUUGAUAUGAUCUAGACAAUUGUGAGGCCUUGAGGCAUGUCCCGACAAUUAGAUCUUGUUGUGUGCGCCAAUGUUUCGCUGCUGGACCCUUGUAAGUCUUGUGUCCUUCGCACUAAAGAGCCUCAACCCAUUUAGCGGCUCUUUUAGCGUUGCUGACAAGGGCUCUUAGUGAUGACUUACACAUCCGCGAUGGUGGGGUUCCAGU